AUGGAGUAUAAAGACGACGAAACAGACAAGCUUCUACAGCCGCUGAACGAGACGGAAAAGGACCCAGAAACCGCAGACAAGACGAAUCCAGUACACAGAACUUCUCCUACCCAUCCAUUCAAGAAAUGGAUGGACAGUUUUCGAACCCGGAGGCGCGUGCCACCCACGAUCCCCGAGCGAUUCGUCGAGGGCUGGUCGGACUCUUCCACAACUGACUUUCCGAUGUUACUUCCAGCUCCCCGUCGUGGCUCAAUCCAAGAUCAGUUCGGCGAGAGAACAUCCGAGUACUCAUCGCAGCUGGGAACCGUCAAGACAGCAACCAUGAGUAUUGCGAGUCAAAGCAUGGCCAGAUCGAGAGGAACUACCCAGAGCACAACCACGCAGAGUGCAGACUUGAACAUGCGGAUCUCCGCUGACAGCUCUCGACCGAUUUCGAGCUGUGUGGAUGAAGCCGCAGAGCUGCGAGCGACCAAACGACGUCAGAUUCUACGGGAGCUGCUUGCGACCGAGGCUGAUUACGUCCAAGGAUUGAAAGCUCUCGCUGGGGUGCUAUCCAUGUUCGACACCAGACCCCAAAUAUAUCACAAUAUUCACCGGAUUCGUGAGACUCAUGAGCGCUUUCUGGCCCUGCUUCAAACGACAUCGCCCAUGUCAGCGUUGCCACUCCCAGACGAAGCCUCCGACCUUGUCUCUCAUGGCCUCUCAAAGCGCUUGAGCACUCUUGAUUUGCCGGGACUGAAGGGGCUGCAGAACCGCUCUCUGAGGACUCGAAAAUUGAAAGCAUCGACCAACCAACGCUUCAAGGCUUUGGCAGCUGAGUCACUGGAAGGUCUCGAGGUUGCUCGAGAAAUCGAAAAACUGUCCGCAUCCUUUUCUGCAUACGAAGAGUUCUGUUCCAACUAUGAGCUCCUUUCGCAAGAUCUAGCCAUACUACGACGCUCAAUCCCGAACUGGACGGCGUACGAUCAGGGCAUCGAAGCAUUGGCCAAGUCCGUUGCGUCCAUGGAGACUCGAAAACACGAAGAAAAUAGGUCUAUGAACCUGAGCGAUUUGAUGAUCAAGCCUAUUCAACGUCUGUGCAAAUACCCACUUCUCCUUCAGGAUCUCCUGGGAAACACGCCUGUCAGUGACUGUCCCUCUUCCCACGAUGCAAUACGGCACAUUUUGGAAACUCUCCGCAUUCUGGUGGCCCGGAUCAACUCGGCGACUGGCAAUCCAAUCAACAAAGAUCGCAUUCAAAAGACCAUUCUUCUUCAACGGAAGAUUCACUUCUCGGAAUCAUUUAUACUUCAGGAUAUAUACAAAGAACUUGGUCCGUUGACCCUUUGUGGUGUUCUUCACGUUACAUACCAGACACCAGAACACUUAAUUGGAGAGUUCAUGGUAUGUGUGCUAUUCAAUUGCUAUCUCGUUCUUGUCAAAGGGUUUGAGGAUUUUCGUCGAUUGGGGGCGGUUGCGUGUAUUUAUUUGGGUGACAUGAGGAUGGACACGCCUCAGAACGGACGAGGGCUCUACUGCUACGGAUGCCCCUUUUCAUGGAAGCUUCUUUUCCGUGACCAAGAAGAUAGCCAUGAAUUUGUCCUCAGCGCAUCCUCUGCGAUGGAAGAGAAACAUUGGAAAACAGAGAUCUUGAAAUGCUCGGUGUCAUUAUCCGAGAUGUCUAACCCAGGGCCUACAAUGGACCCCAGGAAGUAUUGCUUUGUGAAUUUGUUGUUACUACCCCUCGACCGUGUUCAGUACACAGCGGCCUCCGUUGCGCGAAGAUCCUCGAUGGAUUCCCUGGCAGUCUUACGAAAAGCCAACGUUCAACAUGUCAUUAUCAAGAAGACACAUUGUCCGCACACGUCCGAGGAAGCGGCGAGUCCGCUAGGCGGCGAGGGAGAGAUUGAACGGCCGAAAACACCCGUCGUGCGUGGGGCACUGACUCUGGUUGCGAAGAGGAUUGAUCGAAUUCGACUGGAACGACUGGUCGCAGACGUCUACACGCGAGACGUGCUUCCCCUACCGGGCAUGGUGCUUGGCCGAGGGGAUCUCUUCCGGCGGGGCUCUAUCAUGAGACGCUUAAGUCUCCACGUCGGUUUUGCAAAUCGGUCUAGCUCUGUCAACACCGGUCAUUCAGGCCCAGUGGUCACCGAUGGCCGAUCGGUCGAGGAAUAUAGCGGCGAGGAAAAGGAAUCGGUAGCGAACCGUGACGGGUUCGCUGAUCAACAACGGUCGCCCGACACAGAGUGCGAAUCGCCCAAGACUCCCACAUCCACUCUGGAGCGCUCACGAACUCUCCGCUUUCGAACACCCAUGAGGUCAGCGGGGUCUCUCUCCUCGCCGCGUAGCGAGAAGUGCUCGAGCCAGGACAGCAAUCCCGAGACGUCUGCGCCGCGGAAGAAGUGGACUUCGCCAACCUCUCUAUUCAAUGUGCUUUCACCGAAGAAUCUGAGGCGUUCUCGGCCAGCUAUGGGACCAGGGUCGGGGUAUUAA